AUGCCGUAUUGGGUAUCUCGGACGGUCCGCAAUGGACUAUCCUCGUUCGGGAUCGGCGACAACGAGGACCAGAACGCACAAGACGCAGGGGCCCCCACUUCCGAUUCUCCAUCCGAAGACGAGGUCGGGUACAUUGUUUCCGGAGAGUCUGAUGAAUACAAUUACGCACUGGAGGUGCAUCCUCCUCCCACAGCCGCCGCCGUGCCGCGGUCACAGAGGGCGCUGGGGCAACUGCAGGCACCUCCAGCAUCCUUGCUCCUUGCUCCCCCAUCAUCACACUCGCAUUCUGCAGCCACUUCAUCUGGCUCCAGUGCACCAAGGAGGUCUGCGCUGACGGUGCAGAGACUCAGGAGAGGAAUCAAGGGGAUCACCAACAGGUUCGAUUUGAUUUAUCUCAGUCGGCCACUCCCAGAGGCACGGGGAUAUCAAUCUCGAAUCAGCCGGUUGCUUCAAGCUCAAGACGUCCCUCGGCCGGCGUUCCCGCCAACCAAGCUCCCAGCAGCUCGCGCCCACGAUCACUGCGUGAGCGGGCCGACCGCAUCAACACAGCGGGCCAGCCUCGACGAUAAUCGUAGGACCCGCCCGCUCCAGCGACGGGGCGCUUUCUAUCGUGACUCUCAUCCUGAGAUCUUCAACUACUCCGAAUGGAUCGAAUCCGAUGACAACACGCGUGCAGGUCCUUCGUCUGCUCCGGCGCACGUACAGACCCAAGUUUCGCAGCUGCUACGUGACCCAGCUGCACGUAUGGAGAUCAUACGGCAACUUCAGGUGGAGGGAAACUCGAUACUGCUACGCCCAGAUUUUCCAUACGGCAUGCCACUACUCUCGUUAAUUAACACAUCUCAGCUCAGGGGCGAUGCAGACUGGGAAGGCGGGAUAAAGCCUGCCGAUUGGGAAAGGACCCGUACACCGGCGCGUGCAGACGACGCAGCCGACUCGCAGGACGAAGGUUUUGAGCCCUCAGAUGAUAGCGAGGAAGAGGAUCCUCAACCCUCGGUGCCGCUUUCUCAACCCUCGGAAGGCACAUCCAGCCCCAUUCGCCACCCCAGCCCUCCAACACAUAUCUCUCAAGGAACACAAGCUGGCCAAUAUAGAGGACGUUCCCACUCCCAUUCUCGCUCACAAUCAGAGACUAGACGCCGAGCUACGAGCCCAAGGUCCACUGCUCAGGGUCGCCUAAGCGCACGACGGUCUGCCAUUCCGCAGAAUGCCUCCGCUCUUGCUCAUGAACCCGCUCAACCACCACGCGAAUCCUCCCCCCCUCUUGGCGAACUCGAGUCGGACUACCUGCCGCUUGGAUACACGGCCCAGGCACUAGCUGCUGUUACGCAGGCCUUGCCGUCAUCACCGCGUCUGGUACCAGUGGCUGAACUAUUGAGGAUUGGUGCAGUGCCACCGGAAGCCGGUGGAUCUAGUUCAGACACAGCGCCGACAGACAUUGAUACGUUUACGGGCAACAUCGCCUCCACGGAGCCUGACUCGUCGACGUCAAGAGCAAUACCUCCGGAAGCUGGUCCUUCGACCUGCGAUGAUGCCAUCCCAGAGGUUACUCCGCGAGCAUCAUCAUCUCAGGAAGUCAGGCGCUCUGCCAGAAAACGUUCACGGGAAGACGAUGUCCCCACGGCAGAAGGCGCGCCAUCGCAGAACAAGAAACGCAAGAGGCGACAAUAG